AUGGCGAAUCAACUUCCUGAAGAAAGUAUUCAGCGCAUUCAAUCCUUUCUAAACGAAGAAGAAGCUGCUCGAACCGCCAUCCUCUGCAAGUCUUGGUACGGCGCGUGGCUCACACGCCCCGUUCUCUUUUUCAAACAAAGCCUCUUUCGAGGAGGCGCCGACGAGUUUCACGAAUUCACAACCAACACUAUUCAGAGGUACAGAGAUCUCAACCUAAAGAUCCACGCUUUGACUCUAUCGAUCUCGGAAGAUGCCUCUCUUGCCGACGAGUUGAUGGCGAGAGCGACGGAAUUAGGGGCCGUCGAUCUCGACAUCACGAUGUCUGCAUGGAACAAGCGGUUCCUUUUCUCGCUUCGUUCCGAAACCCUAGCCACCUUAUGCCUCGUUGGCUCCAUCCUAGUUGAUCCCACACACACAAGCUGUUCCAAACUCAAAUCCCUCACCUUAUCAUUAAUCGAUUUGAGGCAUGAUUUUGAUUUGAUUUCGAAAUUCCCCUUGCUCGAGACGCUCAAAUUCGACGGCCUGAGAUUGAUGAGCCGGAGCGGAGAGUUUCGCAAGCUCAAGCUCAAGCUGCUUACGCCCAACUUUCAGCAUAAAAAACUCGAGUAUUUGUAUUUGGGGAAUUUGAUCGUUCACGGCGACUUGUUCGCCUCCGCCGCCGCCUUCUCCGAAUUCCCCUCUUUGAAAGAAUUGGUGAUUUCGGAUUGCGACGGAUUCAAAGAUAUUCGGAUUUGCAGCGAUUCGUUAGAGCGCGUCAGCGUAUGGCUGGAGGAGGAGAGAAGCCUCUACGUCACGGAGUUUGAUGUUCCAAAUAUUCGGAAAUUUAGGUUUAUGGGGCGCGGCUGGUCCCGGCUCGACUUGAAAACAGCUCGUUCGGAUUCGGAGUCUGACAUACACGUCACGUGCGAUUACCCUAAUGUUGAAUGGUUCACUUCGUUGAAUGAAUUACUGGAAAAAUUGAAGGGCUCCAAAAGCUUGAAGCCUGACUUCCCCCAGGAUGCGCCGAACUAUGCCACCUUCCACCGCCUCCACAUGUACUCCGACGAAAGUUAUACGUCGGAGAGAGAUGCAAAAAUUGAUGUUCAUCGAAUUGCCGCGAAGACAGGACGAGAGCACAUGCUAGAUGAGGUGUUUAUGGAGGUGGUACAUCCGGACAAGUCACAGAUCUACGGCGUCAGGAGUGCCGGACUGAGCCAGGCUAGUAGGGUGUCUACCCACAGCACAGGCACUUCAUCAGUGGUGUCUUAG